AUGAGGAAAGGGAGGAGUUGUUUGGGACGAUGGUGUUCAAUAUCGUGUAAAGAAUUGUUUGUAGGAAAAGAUGAUGCUUGUGUGACUUUUGUCAAGUUCGAAUAUGGCAAUAGGGAUAGUACAGUGGAGUCACGUAAGCAUGGCACCAAGAGCCAAAAGCCACAAGAGUUUGAGCUCCUAUCACUCGAAUACAUCACCUCGGUGGAAGGAACCUACGCUAAUCCCAUUUCCGCCACAGUCAUUACAAGUCUUGUCUUUAAAACAUCCCUUGGGAGAACAUCUCCGACAUUCGGGAACCAGCGAUUCGUGUUAGCGAACAAUGGUCAGAAACUUGUUGGGUUCCAUGGGAGGGUCUCUCCGGGUCGUCUUGACGCACUAGGAGCUUAUUUUUCACCGGAACCUGUAGCCGAGCCAUCUCCAGUCAAAGAUUGGGUUCCACCUAAGAAACUUGAGGCUCAGGGUGGUCAAGGAGGAGACAAAUGGGACGAUGGAAUUUACAAUGGUGUUAGAAAAGUUUAUGUCGGAAGAGACGAGGCUUGUGUAACGAGCAUCAUGUUCGACUAUGUAAAGGACUACGUCGAUGAAAACCGAGCGCAUGGAAUCUUAAACGAAGAGCUACAAGAGUUUCUACUUGAUCACAUGGAAUGUAUCAUAUCUGUGGAGGGAACGUACGGUAAUGUGCGUCGUUUCACCAGCCCAGUCGUGACGAGCCUUGUCUUCAAAACAUCAAAAGGAAGGACUUCUCCAACAUUUGGUGCUACUAAGUUUGUGCUCGAGGACAAUGGUCGUCAUAUUGCCGGCUUCCAUGGACGGUCUGGAACUGCACUUGAUUCUAUAGGAGCACAUUUUGUGCCCCCUAGGCCGAUGAAUGUGGAAUGUUGUAUUUCGUGA